AUGUGGUAUAUUACAUAUGUUCCUGUUGAGGGCUGCAUUUCAGUUUCAUUCUCGUCGCUGAUUGGAUGCUGCUGUUUGACGCUGUGUGACGCGGCAAGAUGGCUGCGCAUAGGGCUGGUGAAACAGCUCCACUGUGCGCUUUUAAAUACAAAAUUAAGCGUUUUAUCUUCGGGUGUAAGACGGUGCUCGGCCCUGUCCUACUCAGAAUCUCAUAAAGAAUUCACCUCUAAAAGAGUACGGCGGAGGUUUAUCGACUUUUUCAAGGAAGGCCAUGAACACCGGGUUGUGCCGUCCUCCUCCGUGCGUCCCAGAGGAGACCCGAGCCUCCUGUUCGUCAACGCAGGGAUGAACCAGUUUAAGCCCAUUCUCCUGGGCUGUCCGGACCCCCGCAGUGAGAUGGCGUCGUACCGGCGGGUGGUGAACAGUCAGAAGUGUGUCCGCGCUGGAGGCAAACACAACGACCUGGAGGAUGUGGGGAAGGACGUGUACCAUCACACCUUCUUCGAGAUGCUGGGGAACUGGUCGUUUGGUGAUUACUUCAAGGUGGAAGCCUGUGCGAUGGCCUGGCGUCUUUUAACGGAAGAGUACGGCAUUCCUGCGGAUCGCUUGUAUGUCUCGUACUUCUCUGGAGACGCAGCGAAUGGACUCCCUGCCGAUGAGGAAACGCGGCAAAUCUGGCUCAGCAUGGGAGUGCGGCCCGAUCACGUGUUGCCGUUCGGAUUGAAGGAUAACUUCUGGGAAAUGGGCGAGACGGGUCCGUGUGGCCCCUGCACUGAGAUUCACUACGAUCACAUUGGGAAUCGGAAAGCCGCCUCACUGGUCAACGCAGACAGUCCCGAUGUAGUGGAAAUUUGGAAUCUAGUAUUUAUGCAGUAUAACAGAGAGGUCAAUGGUAGCCUGCGACCUCUGCCCCAGUGCAGUGUGGAUACUGGGAUGGGUUUAGAGCGGCUGGUGACUGUCCUUCAGGGAAAACGCUCCAACUACGACACAGAUCUUUUCACACCUCUAUUGUCCGCCAUCCACCAGUGCUCUAAGGCUCCUGCAUAUCAGGGCAGGACUGGAGAGGCUGAUGUGGAUCAGGUCGAUAUGGCCUAUCGGGUCGUGGCCGACCACAUUCGCACACUCAGCGUGUGCAUCGCUGAUGGAGUUUACCCAGGAAUGACAGGCGCUGAGCUGGUGCUGAGACGUAUCUUGAGACGUGCUGUAAGGUUUUCUACAGAAGUGCUGCAGGCACCUGAAGGUGCGCUGGCAAGCCUGGUGCCUACUGUAGCUCAUAUACUGGGAGAUGCCUAUCCUGAGCUGCACACAGAGUCUGAGAGGAUCAUGGAUCUCAUUAAUCAGAAUGAAGCCCAGUUCCUGUCCUCACUGAAGCAGGGUAGGAGGGUUAUUGACAGGACCCUCAGCAAUAUGGACAAAGACUCUGCUGUUUUUCCAGCUUCGGUCGCCUGGUCACUACAUCGUAACCUGGGCUUCCCUCUAGAUCUCAUUGACCUGAUGCUGGAGGAGAAGGGCAAGAUGGUUGAUAAAAAAGAGAUGGCAGUGCUUGAAGACGAAUAUGAAAAGUUGAGGUCUCAGUCAGAGGAGGAUGAUGAAGAUAGGGUUGACCAGCUGGAUCUUCAUAGUCUGGCGGAGCUACAAAUUCGAGGAGUUCCUCACACGGACGACUCCCCAAAAUACCGUUACAGUCUGGGGACUGAUGGAAAAUAUGUGUUUCAGCCUUGCAAAGCGUCAGUCCUGGCACUCUACUGUGACAGGUCUCUGGUUUCAGAGGUGAGUGAGGGUCAGCGCUGUGGUGUGAUUCUGGACCAGACCAGCUUUUACGCAGAGCAGGGUGGACAGGCGCAUGACCAGGGUUACUUCACCAAGGAUGGACUGCAGGAUGUGCUGUUCCCUAUAAAGUCUGUCCGUCUAGCUGGGGGUUAUGUGGUACAUCAGGUCACAGCAGCAGAGACUUUGAGAACUGGUGACCAAGUGCAACUUCAUUUGGAUGAGGCUAACCGCAUGGGCUGCAUGGUCAAGCACACGGCCACACACUUGCUAAACUUUGCACUGCGAGAGUUGCUAGGUCCUUCUGUUAGCCAGCGAGGGUCUCACUGCACCGCCUCACGGCUCCGCUUUGACUUCAGCGUGAAGGGUUCCCUGAGUGUGUCUGAGCUACAGCAAGUUGAGGAGUUGGUCCAGAACAUCAUUCGUCAAAAUGCUGAGGUGUAUUUAGAGGAGAUCCCUCUGUCCAAAGCUAAACAGAUUGCGGGUUUGAGAACAAUAGAUGAGGUGUAUCCAGACCCAGUGCGAGUAGUGUCUGUGGCCGUGCCUGUUUCAGAUCUGCUUAACUCAAACAGCACUGAACGAGCUUCAGUGGAGCUUUGCUGUGGCACGCAUUUAUUGAGGACGGGAGCAAUUAGGGACUUUGUUAUUGUGUCUGAGCGACAGAUGGUGAAAGGCAUUAGCCGUAUCCUUGCUGUUACAGGAGAUGAAGCAAAAAAGGCUCGUGAGAUGGCCCAAGUCAUGCGAGAGGAGUUGGAGUCUCUGGCGGUCCAGGUAGGAGCUGCAAGCUCCCUGUCUAUACCAGCAGCACAGAGAAUCUCUAAAGAAGUUGGACUCCUAAUGAAUGCAGUUGAUAUCACACCUGUCCCACAAUGGCAGAGGCAAGAGUUGCAGACUCAGCUGAAAGCAAUGCAGAAGACUAGUAACAACACCAUCAGAAAAUUGGAGAUCAAAGAGGCUGCCUUGAAAGCCAAAGAGCUGUUGGUCAAACACUCUAAUAAACCUGUGGUGGUGGACUUGAUCCAUACAGACUCCAUAUCGGUGCUGAUGAAGACUGUGCUCCAGCUGAGCAAGAGUACUCCAGACUCCAUGGUUAUGUUGUUGUCUCACCUGCAGUUGUCAGGAAAGGUGCUUUGUGCCUGCCAAGUACCCAAGGGCUCUGCCAGUGGUUCAGCCCUUAAAUGGGCUCAUUCUGUGUGUGCACGCUUGGGAGGAAAUGCAGACGGCUCAACCGAUGUGGCUAAAGGUGUAGGAAAAGCAUCCAAACUCACAGAUAUUACAGACAUCUUGCACUGGGCUGAAGAAUUUGCUCAAAACAAAAUCCGAAAGGCAUCCUGAACAAUCUAAUCUUGGAUAUCACAAUGGAUGUGUUUCAUCAAAAUGGUUAAAUCAAUCAAAAAUAUACUUCCUGUUCCUUUGUUUUAAAAGGUUGGGAUUGUGAAAUUUUGAGAGGUGGGGUUAUUUAUAUUAAACAUUGCUAUUAAGUUAUAUAUUGCUCUGUUUUGGGUACACUUUAUAAUAGUAGUUUGGUUCAAGAAAAUGUUAUUAAAUUCAAGGAAUGGCAUUGCUCUGUUAAGAAUUUAUAAUUGUUAAUACAUGAUUCAUAUAAUUUCUAAUGUGUCUGAUUGUGUCAGUUAAAUGUUACAAUCAUGGUGUAUGAAAUACGUAAGCAUUUUCUAGUGUGUCAGAGAGCACCACCCUGCUGGCUAAAGUCAGCUAUUGGCCUUCAUUGGAGAAUCACUAUAUUCAGCCACCAGAGGGAGACAAAAGAGCUUCAGUUUUGUCAAAAACCUAGAAAUAAUAUAUUCCAAAAACAAAACGUAUAUAGUACAUAAAAUGCAUAAAAAAACAAAAAACACAAUUACAAAGCAGCACUAAAAUGAUCCAUCCUUUAUACAUUUUUGUAACGACAUUAAAUAUAUAUUUUAUACAUGAAAACACACAUUUGAAAAAAUAUUGACAUCAUAAAUAGUAAGAACCUGAAGUUUAUGAAAUAAAGAAGCAGAUGAAGUAUAUGCGGGUUGUAAUCCUAAUAAAACAAUUAUGAAGGGUAAUAUUUUUUUGAAGAGAAGUAGGAAAAGUACUCGCCCAAACUAUAUUACAAUAUGAAAGAUACGGAUAAAUUAAGUUAUAGUUAAGCGUAAGAAUUUUUCUGCUCACAUAGUCCGCUUGUUCCUUCCAACUCAAAGUCUCAUCAACAAAAACUCUAAAGAAUUUAGUAGUUCACACUUGAGGCAC